CGUUUCUGCAAGUGCGAGAGUGAGAAACAAUCCCCUACCAUCCCACCCUCGUGAAAGCCGCUAACUUCGACUUGGUCUUGUUCCGUACCCCCUGUAGCUCCCGGGACAGUGCCGAAGUUAACCCUCCUCUCACAACCGUCCUCUCGACCAUUGGUGGCACUAUUGGCUUGAUACAAGUACAUACAUAUGUACACCACCGCGCUCUUCUACGACUACACUCUUUCGUUAUCCGAUCCUCUUGUCGUUCCUUCUUAUUCCUAAAUCAACCAAGACGGCGUCUCUUUCGAUCUCUUCUCCAAACAUCUUCUUUGGUGCUCUAUUCUUUCGCCCCACUACGCACGAGGAGGAGUAAAGACUACUAGACAAAACUAUCCUCCAACCUAAGCGACUCGAAGGGUUUUUUUCUGUGAAGGAAACCUUCGGGCAAUCUUUGGAGGAGUGACAGCUGCCCAUGUCAGCGACAGCAACAUACACGGUCAGUAUGGCAGAGUUGAGAGCUGAGACUCAGCACGGAGGCAUCUGGCCCAACUACGGGAAUCCGGUGCAGAUGAAUACUGGUCGGUACAACACUCAAGAGUCUUCGGUACCAGUAGGAUCGGCGGCUUCUUCACAUCUUGUACGCCCUCGCAGUCGUCAGCACACGAUGGACUAUCACAACGCACCAUACCAUCAUGGACGGCCUGCCCAGGAGGAUGGCGAUGGCUACGAGAGAUAUCCACACCCUUCGUUGAUGAACAUCCCCAGCAUCACCACCGGCAUGAAGCGCAGCUACUCCCAGGUCGACCAAACUCCCUAUACGGAAAUGGUCCAAGAUCUCCGCGACGACUACAAGCCGGCCAUGAAUCACGACCAGAAGCUACUCUCAUUCAAGAAGGUUGGCGACAAACAUACCAUCGUCGACCACAAAGGGCGGAUUCACGAAAUCGAAAUCGAAGCUCAACUUCACGGCAUGUUCUUUCUGUCGGAGUUUCCCUCGCCUGGCGACGGCAAUGUCUUGAACGCCGAGUUGACUUGCUACCGCCGCAACCUGUUUCAAAUCAGCGGCAAUAUCUGCUUUCCUCAAAUACCGUUGUCUGUCAUGCUAGAAACGGGCGAGACCAGCCAGAUCAAGAACAUGGAAGUUACUAUAUCGGCAAUCGAAUCUGUCGACGGCCACCCUGUGCGCCUAAUCGUCAUUCCCUGGAAGACGCCCCCACCCAACUCACCAGAAGUCAACCAAGCUCCCGAUCAAGAACCUCCAUCACUUCCUCUGAUUCCCUGGUCCGAAGAGGAGGAAGACAAUGGCGGAGAUCACUACGCUAUCUAUCCAAUUGGGUGGCGUCGACUUCAAUUUAGGAUCGCAACGGCCAACAACGGUAGACGGAAGGAAUUACAGCAACACUUCGUCCUACACUUGAAGCUCCAUGGAACCCUAGCGAAUGGUACGAAACUUGUGCUUUCGGAGCUUACCACUGCGCCGAUUGUUGUCCGAGGAAGAAGCCCGCGGAAUUUCCAAGCGAGAAAGGAGAUCCCGCUGUUGGGAUCUAGCGCUGGUUCAAGAGGACAGACACUCGUGGAAACCGGUCACUCAAUUGUUGCGCAAGCUGUCGCGCUUAACAAGCCUCCCUAUGAUUCGAGACCCCGUGUCUCGAGCAUGGAUUUGCCCAGAACAGCGUUCACGUUCACGUCUGCGAAGCAGAUGCCCCAGAGUCCUAUGCAAAUGCGUUCGAACAGUUCUUACCCCACAAGUUGGAACCCAUCUAGUCAGGUGUCGAUGCCACACAACCCAGGAUCGACUUCUUACCCGACAACAUCGAUGGCCGGCCCCGAGCCCUAUCCUAAAAUGCCCCUUUCUGGAGCGCCCAGCUACACGGCCGAGCCCCAAGAGAUGCCUAUCCAGCAGACCUCCAUGCCUUCUAUGCAACUCUCUAUGGUAGCCCAAGACCAACAACCGUCGGCCCCCAUCCGAACACAAUACGCAACUUACGCAUCGGCACCUCCGCCGCAUCUUUCGUUGCCGAGCACAGCGGACAGCUCGCUUAACGUGCCGCGCUAUGUGGACAGCAAUCCCCGUCCUUCAAAGAGCCCUCGCCACGGUAGCCAUGGCUCACUCACGAACGAGACGGCCUCGGGCGAGUAUCGCUAUGGCCCCCCUUCGUACCUUGGCAACAGCUCAAGUGAUAUAAGUCCCCAAUCGCAACAUCAUCCGCCUACGUCAGGUGCAGGAGCAGGCGGGGCGUCGUCGGGCGCUUACGGAACACCAUCUCAAGAAGGAGGUGCCUCUGCCCCAGCGUCUGCGCCUACGAGUGCGGCUCCGCCGCGUGAUUACUUCCCCCCAUCUCAGUCCUGGACCAGCACUGCCGGUGAGGGGCAGACUUCAUCGUACACGAACGGAGGUGACAGGUCCUAUUCCUUUCCUACAGGUGUGAAAACGGAGCCGCACUCGCAGCCUUCGCACUCGGGUGCACCAGUGCCAGGCGUGUAUGGCAACAACCACUAUGCAUGGAACGCCACGUAAAAGGAGGAGAACGAAGUUUGGAUCCACGACUGAAAUACCAGGCUCCAGUUGCUUUUAGGCUGAUGAUAACGAGGAGAUGAAGGCGUCUUAAAUGGUAAUUGUUGCUUGAAAAUCAAGCCUGAAAAAGGGGGGUGCGGUCAAACAAUGGUGGAUAUUGGUGUCUCAAUCCCAUUCAUGAUGGGCUAAUCGACGACACUAUGGAUGGUUUGCAGCUCGGCAUUUUUACAUGCCGGUGACCGGCCUGGAAACAGCGCAUUACCUGUUUGGCGGGGUGCGCCUGACGUCAAAAGAGAAGUCGAGGAAGCUUGUGGAUUAGAAAAGAAGUCGGCAUGUGUUCUGGAUGGCGGCGGCAGUUUGAUUUUUUGUUGAUCCAAAAUACCUUUCUCUUUGCGGUUCUAUGUUUCUCAACCAAGAGCUCUGUUUUUCUAUAUCCGUACAUACACAUCUACGUCCAUGUACAAAUUUCAUGUGCUUCUGUUGCGGGCGGUGCUUUGGCUUCACCACUGCAUGAUAUACAAUCUGGAGGGAUUUCAUCUGUCAUUGUCUUCGGUUCUUCUUGCGCAUUUUCAACGUCCAAUCGAUACCACUCCAAAUACCACAAUGAGUAAUACCUCCCGAGAUGAUCUGCCUGUGUUUGCAUGAUCAAUAUGGAAGAUAUAUGCGCGUAAUAAACCCAAAAAUACACUGACGGCGCCUUUCCUGAGUGCUAUAAGCCCC